AUGACUGAAGAUUCUGAGCUGAAUUCUAUCCAGCAACGGAUCGCCGCCCUUAACCACACGCAACUGGCCCGCCCACCGGGAGGCCCUGGACCAUCAUUCCGCCCGAACGCCCAACGGAGCGCGUCAGCCAACAACCCUCCCUCAUACGAUGCAGUUGGCUCUGUGGUGGAUCGAGCGUCUGUCGGAAAUGAACCCGCAGAUGACAGAACCCAGCGGCGGGUCUUGCAGGCGCCUUCAAUGGAAACUCUCCGGCCUGAAGUGAAACGAAAGCCAAAAGCCCCUCCGCCAUUGCCCACGCGAAGAUCUGAUCGCCUACCUCCCCCUACACCAGCUCGUCCUGCGCUGCCGCCGCGUAGGCCGACGGACCUAAAGCACCGGCCCUCCCUUGAGUCGGUCACGUCCGAUGCGUCAUAUUCGACAACGUCGACAACUAGAACCGCGGGGCGAGGCGCAUCGACAACCUCGGUGAACUCCACUGGGAACAAUCGCAUCAAGGCGCCUGCAUGGGGCGAGACAGAACUGCCUACGCUACCUCCCCGCCGACCGAAGGAGCAAGCUAGCUUGGAACCGCCUCCACGGCCUACAAUUAGUAGUAAAAGGAGCUUUGGGAGCCUGUCUUCCAGAUUGACCUCCAAAAUAUCGCUACCGGGGUCCAAACCCCCCGUUCCCCCUGUUCCAAGCCAGCCUGCACGGCCGAGUCAACCUCCUCGCCCUAAGCAGCCUCCGCGACCUACUUCGUCUCCGAAUCCUAGCCAACCACCUCCACCCUAUGGGGUCGAAGAGGAACCGGUGCCUCGACUGCCACAACGCCCGUCACCCGCAGCACAUGCAGACAUAAAUGGAACCAGUGAUGGCUUGGGUGUCAAUCUGCCGAUUCGGAAGACAUUACCUCCUCCUCCAACGGCUGCGCAAAUCAAGGAUGCCAGGCAGUUCGGGUUUGGUAAUACAAGUCCACCCAAAGCCAAUGGGACACCACCACCGAUUCCACAUGGUUCUCGUCCAGAUCUGUCCAAAAUUAUGGCUACAAAGCCACGUUUCAAUGGGUCAGCUGUGUCUCCAAGCCCUCCACUUCCCACGUCAGACACGGAAUGCUUGGUAUGUCGGGACUUCUCAGGCCCUGAUAACCAUGCCGCCCGGUAUCCUCGUGCAUCGCUUCCGACACAGGAUAUGGCGUGGCUGGCCAAUGAGUUGACAGCACCGUUCCCAUCCAUGACGGAUAAGGCCCGCGCGAUAUUUACGUGGUUACAUCAUAACAUCUUCUACGAUACCUAUGCCUUCUUUAAUAACUGCGUGAAACCCUCCACCCCAGCCAGUACUCUGGCAUCUGGAAUGGCAGUCUGCGAAGGCUAUGCAGGACUAUUUGCCGCAUUAGCUACCCAUGCCGGUCUAGAAGCGAUAGUAGUCGGCGGCCACGGCAAAGGCUUCGGACACUACGCUCUUGCUCCAGGGGCCCCAGUGCCCCCAUACGCAGGCAACCACGCCUGGAACGCCGUGAAGAUCGACGGAGGCCGGUGGAAGCUAAUCGACUCCUGCUGGGGCGCAGGAGCAAUAGAAGGCGAGGGACAGCCAUACAAGCAGCGAUUCGAACCAGCAAUGUUCUCGAUCCCGAACGAAGAGUUUGGCCUGAAACACUUCCCAGAAAACAAACGCCAGUUCUUCCGCGAGGACGGACGUCCCGAUCUAACCUGGGAAGAAUAUAUCCUCACGGACCCAGAACGACCAAACGGCGUCGAAGGCCUAAAAGUCUAUAGCGAUGCCGACAAGCGCACCAUCGGCCGCCAGACCUUCCACCCACAAGGCCUGCGCAUCUCCAUCAGCACGCCAGGCGCAAUGCGCUUCCAGUUCGGUCUCCUCUGUCCGCACUGGACGCUGUCUCGCCACAGCCACAUUCAGCAUGCGGGCUUAUUCCUGCUUAUGAUCCACGGCGUGGACGGACGCGAGGAUGACAGACUUCCUUUCACGCACGUAUCAGGCUCCGGACCCGCGGGCGGUGGCGAGUUCUGGUAUGUGGAUGUCCCUAGUGCACGUAUGCUUGGUGCGCCUGGUCAGAAGCUGCAGGUGGCUGUGUUGACUAGCUUUGGGGAUCGGAAGGAUGCUAGUAGUGUUACGGCGCAAGAGUUCCAGGAGAAGGUUGGCCGGGUUGGGAUGGCUUGGGCUUAUGUUGCUGAGUGGGAGCUGGUCAGAUAG